UCCGAAGAAUUGAAAGGAACAACAUAUUCGCUCAAGCAAAAGCUUGAAAGAGAAGAAGAUUCCCCAAGUUCUCCUGAAUUAGCACCUGUUUCCUCAUUCCCAACCCGUUCAUCAAUUCGUUCUGCUGGUGGAAGAGGUGUUAAUGAAAUGCAUGUUGAUUUUGCUUCUGUAAUUGAAAGUGAUAAACAAAUAAAAAAACAAAAAAAUCGUUCGGAAGAAGUUGAAGAACAAAAAAUACUAGAUGAAACAGGAAUGGGAGAGGACAGCUUUGAAAACUUACUGCGCAGCAAAGGCUUCAAUCCGGUGCAAUUUAGCAACCCUACACAACUAUAAUAAAAAAUGUGAUCUCGAUUCGAUAUUUU